UUUUGGCAAACCUCAACAAAAUGAACUAGGAGAGUAAAUUUGCAUGUUCUAAGGGCGGGAAUUACACCUUACAAGUUACAUAUUUGAAAAAAUUUGUUCAGAACAUAAAUUUAUUUUGAUACCCCCACUACAAUUUUUUCCUCAAAUGAAACCUAGAGUGGCAAAAAUAAUUGAAACAAAAGUCUUCCCUUCUUAAAGAAAAGCAUGAACAUAAUCUUCUCUCUCUUUCUCUCUCAUCACCUCACAUGUUCUUUAAUAUCUUUCCUUCUUCAUCAUUGAAACCCCACAAAAAUUAAACUUAAAUAAAAAAUGGGUUUUCAAAAUUUUACUCACAUUAUUUAGAAAAAUAACAAAAAAAAAAAAAUCAACAAUCCCAACUUCCUGUUUUCACACACUCUGACAUUCCCCAGAUCCUAUGCUGUUCUGUAUAGUUUAAAUUUCAUUGUUUUUGGGAUUUGUGAUUUACCCUUUUCUGUUCACUCAUUUGUUUACUGAUUUCAACUUCUGGGUAUUUUUAUUUUUAAGCAAAGAUUCAAUCUUUGAGAUAUUUUAAAUAGUGGGCAUUCAGCUUUUUCUCCAAAUUUCAGUCAGAUUUUUUUUCCAUAAUUUGGAGUUUUUGUGGGUCAUCUUCAUCAACUUUCUCUCUCUUCCCAUCCUUUUCUUCUCGUCUGUUUGGCGAUGUUUACAAGCUUUACACAGUACGUCACUGUAUGAAGAGAGAGACAUUAAUUCAAAAUUUUGUGUAUCUUCAAUCUUAAUAUAACCCUUUUUUUUGGGAUUUUGAGAUUUUUGCAAAAUUUUAGGAAGUUUGAGAAGUGAAUUCCAAGCAAAGAUUUAAUCUUGUUGUUUUUUUGAAACUUAUUUUUUGAGCUGUUAGAGAGGAAAGAUUUGCACAUUUCAUUGUCAAACAUCAAUAGUUUGUUGGGUAACACCAACCUUUUUAUUUUUUUGAAUAUUUAAAAAAAUCAUUAUAUCAAUGAUUGUGAUCCUUAAAUGUGUACAUUGUGAUUGAUAUAUCUGUUCUUGAAGCAAUUGACUAACCAACAGAAGAUUUUGAAAUCUUCCCAUCAAAUAUUUUUCACAGAGUAGGUGAAUUUUGGGAUGAAAUUGAACCAUAAAUUUUGAAGGGUAAUGAAGUGAAUUUGAUCAAGGUGAAGUAAUGGACCGUCGGAGUUGGUUAUGGAGGAGGAAGUCAUCGGAUAAGAGUCCCGGCGAGACCGAUAGCUCGGUAUCGGGAUCGGGAUCAUUGUCAUCCCCUUCUGAGAGAUUUUCAGAUGAGCAUCAGGCAUCUCCAAAUCAUAAUAUGCAAUCACCGGAAGUCACCUCGAAAGCUGCACCUCCUGAUGAUGAUCCCAAUGAUGGUGUGAAGAUUCUGACUGAGAAACUAUCUGCUGCAGCUGCAACUAUCAGUGCAAAAGAAGAAUUGGUAAAGCAACAUGCUAAAGUUGCUGAGGAGGCUGUUACAGGUUGGGAAAAGGCUGAAAAUGAAGCAGUGAUUUUAAAGCAGCAACUCGAUGCUGCAAUGAAAAAGAACUCAUCACUCGAGGACAGGGUAAUCCAUCUUGAUGGGGCCCUUAAGGAGUGCUUGAGGCAGUUGCGGCAAGUGAGAGAAGAGCAAGAUGAGAAAAUUCAAGAAGCCAUGUCUAAGAAGUCACAGGAUACAGAGUCCAAAAAGUCUGACAUGGAUGUCCAGAUUUCUGAUCUCCUUACCCAACUUGAAACUGUGAAUGCUAAGGUGGAAGCUGCUGCUUCUUUGGAGUCUAAUCUCCGUGUCAAGCUGGGUUCUAUAGAGAAGGAAAAUGCUUCUUUGCAACUUGAACUCCGUACUCGAUCCGAAGAGUUAGAAAUAAGGACUCUUGAGAGGGAUUUAAGCACAAAAACAGCAGAAACAGCCAGCAAACAACACUUAGACAGCAUAAAGAGGGUUGCUAAACUCGAGGCUGAAUGCCGUAGGUUAAAAGCCCUGGCUCGUAAAGCAACUUCAUUUAAUGACUCCAAAUCAGUCAAUGACAGCCAAUCAGAUAGCGGAGAUAGGCUAACUGAUUAUGAGCCAAGUCAUUCAGAUUCAUGGACAUCUGCCCUUAAAGUUGAGAAAGCUUCAUCUAAAAUGCACAUGCCCCCUUCACCUGAAAUUGAUCUCAUGGAUGAUUUCCUAGAGAUGGAGAAGUUAGCAGCAUUGCCAGAGACUGAAAAUAGAAACUGCUCUCGUUCACCUGUUACCUUGACUGACAAGCAUAGUAGCAAUGACAGCUCCUCACUUAGAACAGCUGAACUGGAGGAGAAGAUUGAGAUGGUUGAAUCAGAAAAACAGGAACUAACUUCGGCAUUAAACCAGUUCCAGGGUAAGUUGAAGAUUUCAGAGGCUCAGCUAAAUACGUGUCAGAAUCAACUAAAGAUAUCACAAGCACAGUUAAGAGAUGCGAAUAAAAAGCUAGGAAUGUUGCAGGCUGAGUUGGAUUUGGCAAAUGAAUUGAGGCAGGCAAUUGAUCUAGAGCUCGAUGAUGCCAAUGUAAGAAGAGAAGAGGCAGAGUCCCAGAGUAAAGCAAUGGAGGAUGAGAGAGGUACACUGCUGUCUAAAGUAUAUUUUAUGGAGGGUGAGGCUGAAAAGGAGAGAGCACUACAUGCAGAGGCUUCAGCAAAGUGUCAGGUUUUGGAAGAUAAACUUUCUAGAAUGAAACGCGAGCUUGAUACACGACAUAGUCAGUUAGCAUCCAUAAAUGAAUCAAAGGAAGCAGUUGAACAAGAGCUUUUGAGCACAACAGCAAAGAAAGAAGCAGCCGAAUCACAUCUAGAAGAUGUAAAUGCUGAGGUCAAAUCCCUACUUGCUAAAAUUGGUUUAUUGGAGAAUGAGGCCGAAAAGGAGAAACAGUUGUCUACAGAGUUUAGUGCUAAGUGUAAGAAGUUAGAGAACGAGCUUUCAAGAAUGAAACAUGAUGCUGACACCUGGCAAAGUCGAUUAGCUUCGGUGGAUGACUCGAAGGAUGCAGUUAAACAAGAGCUUCAGAUGACAAAUGCAAAGAAAGUAGAAGCAGAGUCGCAACUCAAAGCCGUACUUGCCAAAGUUGGUUCAUUGGAGCGUGAGGUGGAAAAGGAGAAGACAUUGUCUGCAGAAUUUGCUGCAAAGUGUAGAAAAUUAGAACAUGAGCUCUCACAAAUGAAAUCUAAAGCUGACUUUCAGCUUUCACCAAUCUCUAAGGAAGAAUUGGAUAAACAGCAGGAAAUGGAGUUAGCUGUGGCUGCGAAUAAACUAGCAGAAUGUCAGAAGACGAUUGCAUCACUCGGAAACCAACUGAAAUCCCUUGCAAACCUCGAAGAUAUCUUCUUAGAGUCAGAGAAGCUGUUGGAGGUUCCUGAAAAAGAAUCAGAGAUUCUACAUAAUGAUAUAAAACCUGAUACAUCAGUAUCUUCAGAAACUGCUCAGGAUGCAUCAACAUUGAGCAAGGAGGAUGACGGGAAGUUUGCAAAAGGUGAUGCUAAAGAGGCUGUUAUGUCAUUAAGUGUAGACAAGCGGGAUAAACUUGGGUUUGUAAAAUUGUUUUCGCGAUCCAAGAACACAGUUAGAAGCUAGAAUUUGCAAAAAUGAAUUAUUAGAGGUGAAAUAAGUUUGAGCUUAUUUUAUACUUUAGUGUUCUCUUAAGUCUUAACUAGUGCCCUGGAUUUGUACAUUACUUUUGUGUACAGGCAAUUUAUGCAACUCUUUUGAUCCACAUUUUUGAUUGGCAAGGUAUAAAGAAAGUUUUGUACA